AUGAGCCUAAGCAGGUUAUACUUCCACCCUGCAGCAUGGCCUAUGGGUUUCACUACUCUAUGCAUCACUGAUCUAUGGUUCUCCGUGCUAGGUCAAGUUGAUGCAAAUUUAUAUUCCAAGAACCAGGCCGCAUCUAGGCCGCCGAAAACAGCAACAAAGACUCCAAAAAAGGACCCUAAGGCAUCGAAACCUAAAAAGGAUGGUGGCGGUAAGGCCAAGAAGAAGAAGUGGUCGAAGGGAAAGGUCAGGGACAAAUUAAACAACAUGUGCCUGUUUGACCAAGCUACCUACGACAAAUUCCUUAAGGAAAUUCCUCAGUGCCGAUUAAUCACUCCUUCUUCUGUGUCUGAGCGUCUGAAGAUCCGCGUUUCUUUGGCUCGAGCUGCGCUUAAUGAAAUGAAGAAUCAAGGCACUCUGAGACAGGUCUCCAGUCAUCACGCUCAGCAGAUCUAUGUCCGAGCUACAAAGACCUAG